AUUGACAACGCCACAGCAUGCACUCGACCUCAAGGACCUUAAGCCUUCCACGUGAAUCAUAUGAGCGUGAAACAUCUUUCCAAUCACGAAUACCCUUAUGCGCCAGCACUAACCGCUUUCAAUGUGUUACCACCUUCCCAUGAGGCAGGGAUGCUCUCGCAUUUUGAAUACGAACGGACCAAGAGAGGCUGAAGAAGCAUGUAAAAUGGAGGGCAUGCCUUAUCACCCGCCCAUUGCUCGUUGUGGACCUGCGACCUUGUCACUGUCAAUUCCUCGCUCGUCGGCUGCUUUGUUUGCGCAAUUCAUCCUACAACAGCAGAGUAACAGCAGUUGAAGCAACAAUGGUGGUGAUCAAGUCCGCCGUUGCGCUCGCCAGCGCCCUACUAACAAUUGCUUCCUCGGCCAAUGCUUUCGGCCUUCCUGAACCUGAGAUCAAGGAGGAGAUUCUCAGCCUCGCGCCUGGCUACGCUUCUGAGGACCCGAAUACUCUCUUGCCUGAGUUCGGUGCCGAUAUCUUCGUAGGAGAGUACCCGGAGAUCGUCAACAGGAACCCCCAGCAUGUCAAGUAUCUUUUCAAGAGACAGGAAGGCGCCAAAUGUACAUUCUACCGUAGCGGAGAGGCCAGAACCUGUAUCACCCAGGACAACAAAUGCUGUAUCGAUCCGAAUAACGCUCAGGAUGGCUGGUGCUGUGCUCCCACUGCCGGUUGCGGACCUGGAACUGGUUCAUUGGGUAAAUGCACAACGAGAAUUUCGUGGUAUUAUACGACAAUUGUUUCUACUUCAUUCACCGUCUCAACAUCUACUUAUACGACCACCCUGGGUGAUGAUACCACCACAGUGACCCGAUCCUUCACCGAGGUCGCGAUCACUACUGUCUCAAACAUUGAUACUCAGACUGAAUGGGCUACUGCCACCGUCACCUCUGGUGCCGCCAAAGUUAAGCGUACUGCUGAGGUUGUAACCCCAUCUGCCACCUCCUAUGUGUCCUCAGCCGCGCCUGCCAUCACCACGUCGAUGCCUACUGCUACUCCUGCAGUCGAGAAGCAGCAGAAUGAGCUUCGUGCUGCUGUCACCAACAAGCCCCAGGUCUUCGUUGUCCACGGCAAGCUCUACAAGCGCCAGACUCUCCGUACUGAUACGUCAACAUCCACUGUGUACUCCACCUACUACUCGACCUCCUACGUCUACAUCACCUCGGUAGCUAGCGGUGGUGUUGCAACCAGGACAGUCUAUGACACGACUACCACGACAAGGACAUCGGCCCUCAGCGCCCGGACCACCGUCACUUCGACCCUCACCGUCACGGUUGAACCCGGUCAGACCGUUCCCGUGAACCCCAUCGGCCCUGCUGCAAGCGCACCUGGAGGACCUGGAGUGGUCAAUAAUGGAGGAGGUGGUGGAGGAAGCAAAGGCCUCUCGACUGGUGCCAAAGCCGGUAUCGGUGGUGGUGUAGCAGGAGGAUCGCUCGUCAUCAUCGCCAUUGUCGGUUUCUGCUUUAUGAAGCGCCGCAAGAACAAGCAGACUGGCCCAACGCCACCACCAAACAUGAUGACUCCAGCUGCAGGCGCUGCCGCUCUUGCCCCCAAUGCUCCCCACCAAGGCCACUACGCUCCCCAAGAGAACAAACUGCCCCUUGCUGGCGCCGCAGCCGUCCCUCACGGUACCUACUCUCCUCAUUCUCCUCACUCUCCUCCACCCCCAUCCGAUCCCCGCUACUCACACAUCUCUCAAUCGCCAACUGCCUACGGAACUCCUCCACCUGGCCAAAACAUGUACCCAUACCCCACGCAACCCGGCACAUACAGCGAGAUGUCAUCCACUCCAGCGCCUUACAAUUCGCAACCUGGCUCCCCACCAGCAGGAUACCAAUACCCUAAGCCCACCACGAGCCCACCGCCUCCAUCCGCCAGCCCGCCACAGCAGAUGUACGGUGGAUACCAACAACAAUCGCCUCCUCAGCACUACGCCCACCAGGGUGGUGCUCCCCAGGAGAUCUACAGCCAGUACCAGUCUCCACCUCAGGAGAUGCCAGCUGCACCGUACAGCCCACAACAGCCGCAAAUCGUGCAGCCGGCGCCGCAGAACCCCCACCCACAGUCAUAGGCGACGGUGUGCUUAGACGAGUUGAGACGAGAGGAAUGGAUAUCAUUUUAUAAUGUAAAAUGAAUUGGGCUUUCAUAUGGGAUGGAAAUUUCUUGUUUUUAUUUGAGCGACGGGACGCACCUUCGGAAGACUAUGUCACUAGCAUUUUCUUGUUUUGUUGGUUACAUACAACACCACAAUCCUUCCUCCACUCCCUCCCAAGGUGGCCUUGUAUGAAAGCGAGCGUUGAAAGAGGACGAUGAAGAAUGAGAUAUACCACACUAUACCUACUACUCUACAGACAUGUCGGAAAAUUUAAGUUAAUUUAAAGUUAAUGCA